GCCUUACCGGAGCCGUGUUCGCGCGCGUCGUACUAUCCGUCGCGGUGACUUUUCGCCGAUCGCGAGAUUUUUCUCAUCGCUGUAGAGGCGAUAAUCUGUCCGGCGGGUCGCUGAACCUGCUUCUUCCGCCCGUUCUCGCGCGACGUAUCGUCCCGUUAGCGAAGCGCGUCGCUCGUCUCCGGACGUACGAGACGAAUCGCCGAGGAUGAAACCGCCGGGGUCGUAAAGGCGGAUCGGCAAGAGGUGCGAGAGGUCGAUCGUCGACCGGCAGACAAGAGGAGGCGAGGAGUGUGAUAUGGAUGACGUGAGGUAAAACCGCGGACGACGGCGCGCGGUGGUUUAAAUGGAUCGACGCCGGUUUCGCGAGGCGCAGCUGCGGCGUUACAAUUGGGACUGAAGACAAGAAAAUCAGAAAGAAAAAAGAUAUACCAAGAAGGGGGGGGUACGGGGGACACAUUGAUGGAACAUUGAUGAGGCGCGGCGGCAAGAUGCGGGGUAGUCCUGCCUUCUUCGCCAUAUUACUCGGCACGAUAUUCGGCGUUCUCGGCGCGUCUCUGAGCAAGGCGCUCCGAUACAAAGCGCCGGACGAGUGCAAGUGGGUUACGACCGGUGACGCCGAGGACGACGUGUCGCUCCUGUGCCAUCUGCGUACCAUCAACAGCGAGCUGGAGAACACGAAUUUCAGCGUGAUACAGCCGCAGCACACGGUGCGCCUGCGGCUGGAAUGCAGCGACGCGCUCUUUUACCAAAGCUCCCUGAGCGCCGGCAGCUUCCGGCCGCUGGUCGAGCUGCGGGAGCUCGUUAUCGAGUACUGUAAAAUUAGCAAUCUGUCGGACGACGCGUUCAAGGGGCUGCGGGAGCUGCGCAAUCUCACUCUGAGGACGCACAACACCGACUGGUCGGCGAUGACGCUCCACGUCUCCGCCAAGACCUUCACCGACGAGCUUCAACAGCUGGAGAAGCUCGAUCUUGGUGAAAACAACAUGUGGGGCAUACCGGAGGGCGCGCUCUGUCCGCUCGUCAACCUCGAGGUCCUAAAUAUGACGAGAAACCGGCUGAGGGACGUCGCGAGCUUUUAUUUCAACGCCACGAUGAAAUGCCUGUCGAACCUGCAGGAGUUGGAUCUUAGUAACAACAGCAUCGAGUCGCUGUCGAGCGCGGCGUUCUCCGGUCUAACGAGGCUGCACAGCUUGGAUCUGCGGUGCAACGCCAUCAGUUUCAUGGCGGAUCGCACGUUCGAAGGCCUCUCGUUGCUGGCCAUCUUAAAACUCGCCGACAACCGGCUCGCCAGCCUGCCGCCGGAGCUGUUCAGCGACGCGAGAGCCCUGCAGGAGAUUCAUCUGCGGAACAACACGCUGAGCGUGCUGCCGCCAGGAUUGUUCAGUGAAUUGACGCAGUUGCUGGUGCUGGACCUCUCGCACAAUGAACUAACGGCGGAAUGGGUGAACGCGGCUACGUUCAGCCGCUUGGUGCGUUUAGUGGUGCUCGAUCUCUCGAACAAUCAUAUCGCGCGACUCGAUUCGACCGUCUUCCGCGAUCUGUACAGUCUGCAGAUUUUACGGCUGCAGGAAAAUCUACUCGAGAGCUUGCCGGAGAACACAUUCUCCCCGCUUUACAAUUUGCACACGCUGCUGCUCAGCGACAAUCAAUUGACCGUCAUAGACGCGACUACGCUGAGCGGCCUUUACGUACUCAGCCUGCUCUCGCUGGACAACAACCGGUUGCACACGAUACACCCGGCCUCCCUGAGAAACGCCUCGUCUUUACAGGACUUUCAUCUUAACGGUAACCGGCUGACAUCGGUGCCGGACGCGCUGAAAGCCACUCCCCUCCUGCGCACCCUCGACCUCGGCGAGAACCUCAUCUCCGAGAUACCGAGCGGCACGUUCGACCACGUGGCGCAGCUGUACGGGCUUCGAUUAACCGAAAAUCAUAUCGGCAAUCUGACGAAGGGCGUCUUCGAUCGUAUCAAGGAGCUGAAGAUCCUCAACCUCUCGCGAAACCGCAUACAGUUCAUCGAACCCGGCACGUUCGACGAGAAUCUAAAUUUACAGGCGAUACGCCUGGACGGCAAUCAGCUGACCGACAUCGCCGGCCUCUUCACCAAGCUACCGAAUCUCGUCUGGCUGAACGUCAGCGACAACAAGCUCAAGUGGUUUGACUACGCCAUGAUACCGACCGGACUGCAGUGGUUGGAUAUACAUUCCAACGAAAUACGAGAGUUGGGAAAUUACUUCGAGAUCGAGACGCAGUUGCAGCUCAGCACUUUCGACGCCAGCGAGAAUAAGCUCACCGAGAUCACCGGCAACGCGAUACCCAUGAGCGUCGAGCUGCUGUUUCUCAAUGACAAUCUCAUCUCCAAGGUGCAGAGUUAUUCGUUCUUCAAGAAACCGAAUUUGACGCGCGUCGAUCUCAAGGGUAAUCAGAUACGAAAUCUCGAGCCGUACGCAUUGCGCAUAAGCGUCGUGCCGCCGGACAAGCCGCUGCCGGAAUUCUACAUCGGCGACAAUCAGUAUCUCUGCGAUUGCACGAUGGAAUGGCUGCAGCGUGUAAAUCGGCAGAAUCAAUCGCGCGUCCAGCCGCACGUGAUGGAUCUGGAGAGUAUUUACUGCAAGCUGCUGUACGAUCGCGAGCACGCGUUCGUCCCGCUGGUCGAGGCGUCGCACUCGCAAUUCCUCUGCAAAUACGACACUCAUUGCUUCGCCCUGUGCCACUGCUGCGACUUCGACGCCUGCGACUGCGAGAUGACGUGUCCGCAGAACUGCACGUGUUACCACGAUCAGUCGUGGUCGGCGAACGUGGUGGACUGCUCGAAUGGCGGCCAUGUGAAUAAGCUGCCCGACCAGAUACCGAUGGACGCUACGCGCCUUUAUUUGGACGGCAACGAUCUGCGCGUCGUGUCGAGCCACGCGUUCAUCGGCCGCAAGAGGCUCAAGGUGUUGUUUCUCAAUUCCUCGAAUAUCGAGAUCGUGCAGAAUAGAUCGUUCAACGGGCUGCGCGAUCUCGAGGAUCUACACCUGCAGGAUAACAAGAUACGCGAGCUGCGCGGCCAUGAAUUCGAGGGACUGGACGCGCUGCGGCAGCUGCAUCUGCAGCGCAAUCACAUCGCCGCCAUCAGCAACGACACGUUCGCGCCGCUGCGCUCUUUGCGAAUUCUCCGACUGCAAAAUAACCGUCUGACAAUGCUGGCGAUAUGGUCGCUGCCUCUGUCCGUCGAAAUCACUCUCGCCGGCAAUCCCUGGUCCUGCGAGUGCGAUUAUCUGCAUAGUCAUCGCGAGUGGACGCGCGAAAGGAACAUCACGGUCGCGGACGCGUCCGCGUUACGCUGCGUGUACAACAUCACGGAAUUCGAGGCGUUCGGCAGCGAGGUGUUCGCGGACGACGAGUUCGGCUUUUCCGUCAUGACGGGCAGAUCGUCGUUGCGCGGAAACGAAAGCGUCUGCAGCGACGAGAUCGGCCUCGACAACGAUCAGCAUCGCAACUACACGAAGACCAUCAUCGAGAAGCAGGUGCUGCAGGAUUAUCUGCCGCUGCUGGUGGCGACUCUCGCCAGCUCCCUCGUCGUUAUACUGCUGUGCAUGCUCGCCUUCGUGUUCCGCCACGAGUUGCGCGUGUGGUUUCACUCGCGCUUCGGCGUGCGAAUAUUCUACCGGAAUCACGAGGUCGAUCGGGACGAUCGGGACAAGCUGUUCGACGCCUUUGUGAGUUACAGUUCCAAGGACGAAGCGUUCGUCGCGGAGGAGUUGGCGCCGGUGCUCGAAAUGGGCAAUCCCUCGUACAAACUGUGCCUACACUAUCGGGAUUUUCCGGUCGGUAGUUUCAUCGCCGACACCAUCGUGCAGGCGGUGGAAUCGUCGCGCCGCACGAUAAUGGUGCUGUCGGAGAACUUCAUCAAGUCCGAAUGGUGUCGCUUCGACUUCAAAUCGGCGCAUCAUCAGGUGCUGCGCGACAGACGGCGCCGGCUGAUCCUCGUUCUAGUCGGCGACGUGCACCAGCGCGAUCUCGAUCCGGAUAUACGGCUCUACUUAAAGACGAACACGUAUCUGCAGUGGGGCGACAAACUCUUCUGGGAGAAGCUGCGAUUCGCGCUGCCGGACGUGCCGAACAAUCAGAGAACAACGCAGAGGACGAGGUCGCAGCCGCCGCCGCCGGUCCGACGGCAACACAACAACAGAACGUCGAACGUCGGGCCGCGCACCGUGUCCGUCCAUAUAUGAUCCGCCCGCGAGUGCGUUGUGCGCGCUGUGCGAAAUGUCAAUCGUGUUACAAGAGUGAACCCUCGGUCACACGACACGGUGCGACCGGCGUGAAACGCCUGCCUGAACGUCGACGAUCUGUGUGCUCGGAGCGCGAUACGCGCCGCAUUCAGACUUUGGUGCAAUACGACUUGGUGCGGAGUAUGUAAAUAAACGGUGCAUUUGUAUGUAUAAAUAAAGCGUGCCAGGCGCGGGGGAUAAAAGAAGCCACGUGUGUACAUAGACGGUGAGAAGGUAUUUAAGAUGCUCCUUUCUCGCGCAAGUACGUGUAUGGGCGUGUGUGUGUGCGACGCGUGAAAUUUGUAGAUUGUCGUUGUAGCGCGCCGAUGAGGAUAGAUAGCUGAAAACUCGUUGUAAAUAGAAAAUACCGUCCGCUCGGUCGCGAAUUACGACCGAACUGGCAGACCGUUAUUCGGCUCAUGGAACGCGCGAUGAUCACGUUGGGUGUGACGGCGCGUAUACGUAUGUGAGAAUGUGUGUGCCGCGAUCGUGGAUGCAAAAGAGAUGUGUCUGCAGUCCCCACCUCUUCCUCCUGACCGGUGCGAGCGUGUACUUAAAAUUCAUUACUUUUCGUCACUCCGUACACAUUUUGGCUGCGGCCAUUUUUUCCGUACAUAAUUUCGGAAUCUCGGAUUUCUCGGGCGAACGUCCGCUCUGGCGGAAUAAAUUCAAUUCAUCGGCAGCCAUCUCGCGCGUGUGCCUCCACGAUCAGCUCUUACAAGUAAAAUAAUCGCUUGAUAUCGAGCCGAGAGUCUCGCGCGACGCACCUGUUUGAACCUCGACUCGAUUGUUUAAAUAGCUUGGCUCAAGCCGCUGCGCCAACAGUGAUACCACUUCCUAAUUAUAAUCGUAAUGUAUAUUUAAUUGUAUUUACACUUUUCCACUUUUCUCUGGUUGAUGACGAAUUUCAUCCAGGAAUACGAGCUUACGAGUGUCUCAGCGGUGUCUAGCUGACGCUCCACGGUGAUAACGAAAAAUUUUCGGCGUGAAUUAUUGUAAAUUAUUACUUUAGUCUUAUUUAUUUCGUUCCAAUCGGUGAAGAGACUUUAUGUGACUUAUGGGAGCGUUGCGUUUUUUUUUUUUUUUAACGGAAAACGGAGACAAUAGUGUAAUGUGAGAUUCGCUUGCCGUCGAUUAAUUUAAGAAAAUGUUAUCUGUGCCGCGCAAAGUUUAUAUUUUGAAUUCGACAGUCUCAUUGUUAUCAAGUAAAUUAGCAGACUAUUUUCUAUCUCUUACGGAAUAUAAAUGGUACAUAUAUAUUUUUAUAAAGAUAGACAGAGUGUGUACACGUACUCUUUAACUGAUAUGCACAGAUAUGCUCAAUCACGUUUAAGCAACUACUUCAGCAUCGCGAAUGCACUCGUCGGGGCACUCGACGGGAGAUAAAACAAACUUAACGCGACGUAUCUUAUCCGAAAUGCGACAGUCGAAUUCAAAGUGCGCGUCAGGUCAAGGAAACUGAAGUGCUGCUACAAAUAUUCGAGAUAUAAUGUACAAAUGCAAAGUCGUCUUCUCUAGCUUUCCUCGCAAGCGGUAAUCAUGUUUCGCAAACGAACUUAUUCGACAACGAAAAAGAUAUUAUUUAGAAUAAAAACUAUGACUGAAUAAUAAAACAUUCUAUUUUUAUGU